AUGCCUUCAAGCGACAUACCCAAGCGCAAAGCCUCUGAUGCUACUGUUUCUCCGCCGCCCCUCAAGCGCAAACUUCAGAGCGGCACAACCAAGACCGCUGUAGCAAACUUCUUUACUCCAGCGUCGCAGAAACCCAAGGAUCCUACUGUCUGGUCUGAGCGAAGCCCCAAUGACGAUACCCCUGCGACUCUCCUGGUCGGCCGAUUCGAUGGAAUCAAGGAAGAUAGAACAAUAAAGAGGAGGAAGAUAGCGGCUUUUGAUCUGGACUCGACACUCAUCUCCACAGCCUCAGGCAAGAAGCAUGCAAGCAGCGGGACAGACUGGAAAUGGUGGGACAAUUCGGUCCCCGCCAAACUUCGAGAGCUGUAUCAAGACGGAUAUCGAGUCGUCAUCUUGUCGAACCAGGCAGGGUUAACACUACACUUCGAUCCCAAGUCCAAAGCACCCAAAGCCACUGCGCAGAAACGAGUUUCCGAAUUUAAACAGAAAUGCAGCGCCGUGCUCAAUAGUUUGAACCUCCCGACAUGCGUCUACGCGGCGACCGAGCAUGAUAUAUAUCGAAAACCGAGAACAGGCAUGUGGAAGGAGCUCUGCGACGACUACGACAUCUCGGAAUCCGAGAUAGAUCUGGGGAAUAGUGUAUUUGUCGGGGAUGCAGGGGGCCGCACCGCAAUGUUGGGGAAAGGCCCAGACGGCGUUGCGGCCGCAGCUAAAGACUUUAGCUGUUCGGACAGAAACUUUGCGCACAACGUCGGAAUACGAUACCAGACGCCGGAGGAGUUCUUUCUCGGCCAGAAGCCUCGGAGUUUCGCUCGUGAAUUCGACUUGUCCGAGCAUCCCUUUGUCGACGAUGCUGAAUCGGGGAACUCCGUGGUGACCUUUGACAGGACCAACGACAAGGACAUCAUCUUAUUCUGUGGGCCACCCGGGGCUGGCAAAUCCACGUUUUACUGGAAAUCCCUCAAGCCUCUGGGGUACGAGCGCAUCAACCAGGACCAGCUCAAGACACGCGACAAGUGCGUGCAGGCGGCGAGGGAGCAUCUCCAAGCGGGUAAAUCCAUUGCCAUAGAUAAUACCAAUGCCGAUCCAGAGACCAGGACUAUUUGGGUAGAGCUUGCCAAGAAAUUCGGCAUCUCUAUCCGUUGUGUGUGGUUCAAAACUCCUCUCCAAGUCUGCGAACAUAACAAUGCUGUGCGGGCGCUAAACACGACAUUGAAUCCCGAGUCAAGACAGAUCUUACCCAAGAUGGCGUUUACAGGUUUCGCGAGCAGGUUCAAACCGCCACAGAUGAAGGAGGGUUUCCAGGACAUCACGGAGGUGCAGUUCCAGUUCCGUGGUUCUCAGGACGAGUACAAGAUUUGGGGUCGAUACUGGACGUGA